AUGAAUGACUGCUAAAGAGAUAAGGAAGCUUUGCAAAAAGAGAUUGAAUAAGAGAAACUAAAAACUACUUCUUAAGUCUAACAUGAAAAAUUUGGAGAAGGCAUUGAUGAAAAACUUGAUUAAUUAGUUAAAUUCACAGGAAGAAAUAAGAAAGAACUAGUUGAAUUAGUUAAAAAUAACAAGGAAUUGACUGUAGGAUAGCUAUAUGACAAGGCUGUUGAGUAAAAACUUAUAUGA